CUUCGGGAUUUUCCCCCCUUGUUCCACGCCACUCUCGGGUGAAGACUCGCUUCCAAAAGGAGAUAUAAGGGAGAAGGUGUCGGCACAGCGUCGAUCUGGCAUCUUCCGAUAAAAUGAGCCCACCUGACACAUCCAACAGCACAAGCGAAGGGGAGGCUGGUGAAGCCAAUCCCUGGAUUCUGCUCAACGACAGCAUGGGCUCAUAUCCGCCCGGUUUCCACACUGACGUCACCAAACACCUUGGCGUCCAGAUCACCCUGAUCACAGCUUAUUCCCUGAUCAUUCUGCUGGGGCUACUGGGGAACUCUCUUGUCAUCUACAUGAUUAUUCGCUACAGAAACAUGCGAACGGUGACCAACUUCUUCAUAGCGAACCUGGCCCUGGCUGACCUCCUGGUGGACACUCUCUGCUUGCCCUUCACCUUGGUUUACACUCUGCUAGAUGAGUGGAAGUUUGGGGCCGUGUUGUGCCACAUGGUGCCCUUUGCCCAGGCCCUGAGUGUGCACGUCUCCAUCCUGACCCUAACUGUGAUCGCCCUGGAGCGUUACCGCUGCAUCAUCUUCCACCUUGGUCGGCGCCUCACGUGGCAUUCCAGCUUCCUCAUCAUGGCGGUCACCUGGACUAUGUCUGCUGUCCUGGCAGCACCCCUGGCCAUCUUCAGAGAGUACAGGCAUGAAGAGAUCCCCUCCAUCAACCUGCGUAUCGCUGUCUGCUCUGAGAACUGGCCCCACGGGACCAGCAGGGACGGAGUCAUCUACAGCCUGUCAAUGUUGCUCCUACAGUACAUCAUUCCUUUAGCCAUCAUCAGUUACGCUUAUAUCUGCAUCUGGGUCAAACUGAAGAAUCACGUCAGCCCGUCCAGCCGCAACGACAGCAUCAACCGCCGAAAAAACACCACCAAGAUGCUGGCGCUGGUGGUGGUGGUGUUUGCUAUCUGCUGGCUGCCAUUCCAUGUGAUUCAGCUGGCCAGCGAUCUGGACCUGGCGCUCAGGCUGAAGGAGUACAAGCUGAUAUACACCGUGUUCCAUAUCGUAGCUAUGUGCUCGACUUUCGCCAACCCUCUCCUGUAUGGGUGGAUGAACAAAAACUACAGGAACGGCUUCCUCAUGGUCUUCCGCUGCGAGGAUAAGCCAGACUCUUUCCACCCCGAGGGCUCGUUCAGGACACGCUCCAUAAGAAGGCUGACUCUGAACGGUCGUAAUGGCGGUCACCCUCCGACUGCUGUAUGAGAUUAACACAGUUACAGCAGCCUGUAGGAUAUGACCGAGCACGCUGAACGCACUUCUGGCUUGUGUGGUGACUGUGGUUCAGAAGCAUCCCUGUGACUUGAAUGGUCUCAUCUUAAGUAUCUGUAUCACUGGAGGGGGCUCAAAGCUUUGUAUGUAAAUGGAUUUAUGUAAGGCUUUUCUUUCCUAUGUGAAUGGUACUAGUGAAAAUACGUUUGUCAAACCCAUUCAAGUAUGUGUUUAAGAUGUUUAUUAGUCUGUUAAUUAACUGUGUAACGUACAAUGUGUUUCCUGUAAAUGCAGAACUCUUGUUGGUCAGUAAUGUCCAAUUAAUUAUGCACUCCACUGCAUACAUCGCAUAUUUGGGGCUGUCAGUGUAUUCAUACUUACUGAAAGGGAAGGAGGUGAUCGUUUGUGACUGUGAGAACAAGUUUCCUUUUGCUCUGGUUUUUCUACUUGUUAGUUGUUCGAAUCAUUUGGAUGAUUUCCACUUGAUUAAUCCAGAUGCAGCGUUUUGAAUUGAUUCCAGUAACGUUCAACCCUUGUCCAAGGAAUCCAGAGGAGGCUAACGCCGAUUUUCUGUCCAACCAGGAAAUUAAUUGUGUUCACCUGGCAACUAGCCGGUGCUGAUUACGUGGACCAGUAAGCCCCCAUGUCUAAAGGAAUGGGAUUGAAAACCGCUGGUCUGUGUGAAGCAAGAGCAACAAGUUCUUCGUAACAGAAUGGCAGCUGCUUUGAGGAUGUAAAAAGAGGAUUUGGAAGAAGUGAAAACAUGCAGUUCUGCACUCAGCUGCUGAAGUGUCCUUUGCUUAUGGUCUUUUAAUAGCGAACAGAUGAGCAUUAACUAACAACAGGGCCUCUGGGCACACCUGUUGAGCCCCCAGUGUACAUUGUUUUGUGCCUCCACAUCAAAUAAACAGACCCCUGGCUUGGAUAAGUGGAUUGAAGUGAGAUGGGAGUCAGGUAAAUGCCUGUCAGAUCCUGUCUGGGUGUUGAACUGAAAAUAAUGGCAUAUUACAAAAUGCAUUGACCACUUAAAACCUUUGGGAGUAGCAGUCUGUGCCGUGCUGCAUGUACCCUCUGUACAUAAGGUAAUACAGGAAAGAAACUUUAACUCCCAGACAGCUGAAAAGUCCAUUAAUAAACGAGAAGACAGUCUAUUUAAAGGGAAAUAGAAGCAAUGCAUUUUUGUGUGUGCAUACAACUGAGGUUAAUCAAAGUCC